GCUGCAGAUCUUCAGUGUGAACAGAGAGACGAGCAUCACUGCAGGGAACAGACUCUACCUCACCACAGUGUCUUUGACAGAGAACAGCAGCAGCAGCACGAUGACUCUAGCAGCAUACAGAGAGAAGAUGCGAGAGCUCCCCCUGGUGUCUCUCUUCUGCUCCUGCAUCCUUCCCCGAGCCAGUGACACGGCGGAGGACAAGAAGGAAGCCGGCGUGGUGGACUUGAAUCUGUGCAACAUUCGGGACAUGGAAGUGAUCGAGCUGAGCAAGCGGACGAGUGGCCAGGCCUUCGAGGUCAUCCUGAAACCGCCCACCUUUGACGGCGGCCCCGAGCUGAGGGCGACCACGCCACCUCGCCAGAAACCCUCGCUGGAGGAGAUCCAGAAGAAGCUGGACGCCGCCCAGGAGAGGAGGAAGUGUCAUGAGGCGGAGCUGCUGAAGCACCUGGCCGAGAGGAGGGAGCACGAGCGUGAAGUCGCUCAGAAAGCUCUAACCAAAGAGCGUCAGGAGCACCGCGCUGAUGCCGACAAGGAGCUGCGGCAGAUGCACCUGAACGCCUCACAGGAGCGCCUGCAGGAGGACAAGCACAGUGUGGAGGUAUCUUGAUGGCCUGAUCACAACACAAGCUGAACUUUCUUUGGAAGCCAUUUUGGAGAGCUGACGAGCUGAGGAUUAAUGUGCCGGCAAACCCGGCGCUGCUCCGACUGGGAGACUGACAGGAAGAGACUCUGAACAGAGUGAGAGAAGAAGAAGAAUAAAAGAGGAGCAGGACAACCGAGGUUGAGUCCGACUGUUCCGCCUCCUCUGUACGACCAGGACUCUUCUUAACGAGACAAACUCUUUGUAACGAAAAAGACUUGUGAAGAACGCUGCAUAUUCAUCAUCAGAUGGUUCACAGGGGUUUUACAGUGCUUUGUUGCCAUGCCAACAGUGCCAAUGUGUUCAUGUGUGUGUGAUUGUGUUCGUGUCAAGGACUCAAAGUCUUCUGUAAAGAGAAAAAAGUUGGACCCAAUGAAAUAAAAACUGGAUCUGAACCCAAAAGGAAACGUGACUAAAAAGGAGCUGAAAACAUCCAGCUGGACAGCAGCAGUGAGACUGGCAUCUUCUUCUUCUAUGUCACAAUGAUUCGUCAGACAAAACCUGACUCGACCUGAACAUGGACGAGUCUCUGCUGCCUGGAUAAACAGAUCACCUGAGUUUCACAGCUCCAUCUGCUUGACAGUCAGAUCUUUACAUUUACUGUAAAACAGAACAACAGCAACAGAGGUUCAGAUGUUGGAAAUUACAACAAAGUUUUGGGUCAGGACCGAGUCAAGACAGAUACCAGGACAGGCAGGAGACCAAAGAGGAGAUUAGGAGUCUGAGACUGAGAGUCCAAGAUGGGAACAAGACCCACAAGACCACCAACAAGUCCAACCAAACCAAGACAAGUUCAGGUCAAAACUGAGUCAACACCCACAAAAGUCCGAGUUAAUAAACUCAAAUAUAUCAAAACGAGUCAGAGUCUAAACACACUUCAAAUUGGGAAAACUUACGUAGGACUGUACCAGUUUGCUAUGUUCUGCAGGUUUCCUAAGCUUUUUCAGUCUUAUAAAACAUAAAAAAGGUCACAAAAUGUCAAGAAGGCAAAUAUAUUUGCAGGUAAAUAGAGAAAUUCAAAUGUGCACAUUCUGAAGUUAUGUCUUUCACUCUUUCUUCACAGACAGACUGGUAAAUUUGCAAAAUUCAGCAUGAAUAUCGCCUAAAUACACCAACAAUGGCUGAUGUAUUUGUCCAGUUGCUUUAACAAAGUGCAGCAUUCAAAUUAUUUAGAAUUCAAACGUCAAAAACUCUGAAUAUCAAGACAGUGUUUGAAUAUAAGCAUUAAUGCUAACAUUGGAAGCUACAUGUCUGUGUCCAUAAAGACACAAUGAGCAGAAACAGCUGAUCAUUAACCCAUUCACCCCCUGAUGAUAUGAAUGAAAGAAGUCUACUGAAUAAUCGAAUGUGUACAGUGUUUACAGCUGCAGUGGUGUGUGUGUGUGUGUGUGUGUGCGUGCGUGCCUGCGUGCGUCCGUGUGUGUGUGUGUAAUGUAAGGAGUCAGGGUGAUGAUGAUGAUGAUGAUGAUGAUGAUGAUGAAUAUA